AGUGGAGCAGAGAGCAGGGGUGUAUUGAUUAGUCCGGCAGCUCAGCAGUUGGACAGCUCUGUGUGUCAGUCUGUCUGUCUGACCAUGCACCUGGAGCGCGAGGCCCGGCUGCAGUACAACUGCGUUCUGUUCACAGGCUAGUUCCGGAGGUUGUCAGUGAAAUCCCGCCGGAGUGCCACUGGGCAGGUUGAGAAGAAAGGAGAGAUAAGACAAUACGCACAGGGCGGACAGCCAUUGCUUUUUCCCUUUCGCUGCUAAUAAAGAAAGCAGCGUCUCAGCUGUGUAUCACAGGAACAACAGACAGACACCCCAGCGGGAACACCGCACCGAGACCCGCCUGGACCUGCGUUAUUGUCUGUGUGGAUUAUCUCUGAAGAUGUCUUAUUUGACAGUGCUGUGGUUGCUGCCACUUCUGUGUAGCAUCAUCAGCACCUCCAGCGCUGCAUCCUCAGCAUCCCGGAAGUGUGAGGACAGCCUGGCCACUCCUCUCCCCUACAGCUCCUUCACCAGUUCAUCAGUGUAUGCCCGAGCAUAUGGAGCUGGUUACGCCAAACUCAAUCGGAAACAAGGUGCUGGAGGCUGGUCGCCCUUGGAUACAGAUCGUUACCAGUGGUUACAGGUGGACCUGGGUUCUAGGAAGCAGGUGGUUGCCAUAGUGACACAGGGACGCUACAGUAGCUCUGAUUGGACCAGCAAGUAUCGCCUACUUUACAGCGACACACAGAAAAACUGGAGGCCGUAUCUACAGGAUGGAAACAUCUGGACAUUUGAGGGGAACGUGAACAGUGAAGGUGCUGUUCGCCAUGACCUGCAGCAUGUCAUCCUGGCUCGCUACAUCCGCUUCAUCCCAGUGGACUGGAGCAGGGAGGGACGCAUCGGAGUGCGCCUGGAGCUCUAUGGCUGCUCGUACUGGGCAGAUGUGAUCAGUUUUGAUGGCCAUGGCGUCAUCUCUUACCGCUUCAGGAGUAAGAAGAUAAAGAUUGUGAAAGAUGUCAUCUCUCUAAAGUUUAGAACCACUGCUGGAGACGGGGUCCUGCUCCACGGGGAGGGACAGCAGGGAGACUACAUUUCCCUGGAGCUCCGCAGGGCAAGACUGCAGCUCAGCAUCAACUUAGGCAGUAACCAGUAUGGUUCCAUUCAGGGUCACACCUCUGUGACCAGUGGGAGCUUACUGGAUGAUGACCACUGGCACUCAGUUGUUAUAGAGCGUUACCGAAGAAAUGUCAACUUUACUCUGGACCAUCAUACUCAGCAGUUCAGGACCAAUGGAGAAUUUGACCAUCUGGACCUGGACUAUGAGAUCAGUUUCGGAGGGCUGCCUGUAUCAGCAAAGCCAAGCUCAGGAGGCAGAGACAACUUUGUUGGCUGCAUGGAGGGAAUCACCUACAACGGAGACAACAUCACUAACCUGGUCCGCAGGAAGAAGGUGGACACCUCCAGCUUUCGUAACCUGACAUUUUCAUGUGCCGAGUCCAACUCCUUCUCUGUAUUCUUCAACUCCACUUCCUUCCUGCGGUUGCCGGGUCAGAGUGACAGUGACACUUUGUCAGUCAGUCUGUCAUUUAGGACAUGGAACCCCAACGGCCUGCUAAUGUUCACAGCACUGGCUGAUGGCUGGGUGGAGGUGGGACUGACAGAGGGCAAGGUCACUGUCUACAUGAAUGUGACACAGAAAAAGAACACACGCAUUGAUAUCUCAUCAGGUUCAGGUCUGAAUGAUGGCCUGUGGCACAGUGUCCAUCUGAAUGCACUGGAGAACUAUGCUAUGCUGACAAUUGAUGGAGAUGAGGCAUCCACAGUCAGAACAGCCAUCCCUGUCCAGAUCCAGACUGGAGGAACCUACUACUUUGGAGGUAACUUCUUGCACACCAACACCCGAUCACUUCAGCGCUCCUUUCAAGGCUGCAUGCAGAUGAUCCACGUAGACGACCAUCUAGCUGACCUCAGGGCUGUGGAGCAGGGCCUCAUUGGAACCUUUGAAAAUGUCAGCCUGGAUAUGUGUGCCAUUAUAGACAGGUGUGUUCCUAAUCACUGUGAGCACGGUGGGCACUGUUCUCAGACGUGGGAUACAUUCAGCUGCAACUGUAGCAGCACUGGAUACACUGGAGCUACCUGCCAUACCUCGAUGUAUCAGCAGUCCUGUGAGGAGUAUAAGCACCAGGGCAAGAGCUCAGGGAGCUACUGGAUUGACCCAGAUGGCAGUGGACCUAUCUCCCCCUUCAGAGUCAGCUGUGACAUGACAGAGGAAAAGGUUUGGACCACACUGAAGAACAACCUGUCUCCUCAGACAUCAGUCACCAGUGCAGACCAGGAGGGGAAGGCAGUGCUGCAGAUUAUUUACAAUGUGACUGAUGAACAGAUGUUGUCAGUCACCAGCAGUGCAGAGUACUGUGAUCAGUAUGUAGCCUACGCCUGCCGAAUGUCUCGUCUGCUCAACAGUCCUGAUGGUGUCCCGUUUACCUGGUGGGUAGGAAGAGCCAAUGAGAGGCAUUCUUACUGGGGGGGUUCAGGACCAGGGAUUCAGAAGUGUGCCUGUGGUAUCGAACACAACUGCACUGACCACAAACACUACUGCAACUGUGAUGCUGACCAGCGCACCUGGAGGGAGGAUGCAGGCCUGUUGGUGUAUAAAGACCAUUUGCCAGUCAGUCAGGUUGUGGUUGGUGACACAAGCAGAGCUGGAUCUGAGGCUAAAGUGACUAUAGGACCACUCAAAUGCCAGGGGGACCGGAACUUCUGGAACGCAGCGUCCUUCACCAGCCCUGCCUCGUACCUCCACUUUCCUUCCUUCAGAGGAGAAACCAGCACUGACAUCUCCUUCUACUUUAAGACCUCGUCCACUCAUGGAGUCUUUCUGGAGAACCUGGGAACCAGUGACUUCCUUCACAUUGAACUCAGAGGAGGCUCGAUGGUCCUCUUCUCUUUUGAUGUGGGCAGUGAGCGGGUGGAGCUCAGCGUUCACUCGCCGGUGCCUCUGAACAACGACCAAUGGUAUCGUGUGGAGGCUGAGAAGAACAUCAAGGAAGCGGUGCUGCAGCUUAAUGGACAGUACAGAGAGGUCAGACCCAUGCCCCCACAGGGACACACCAAACUGGAGUUCUACAGUGAGCUAUAUGUUGGUGCUUCAAGUGGUCAGAGGGGUUUCCUGGGCUGCAUGCGAGCUCUGAAGGUAAAUGGAGUGACCUUUGACCUUGAGGAGAGGGCACAGGUAACUCCAGGGGUAAAUCCAGGCUGCCAGGGCCACUGCAGCAGUUAUGGGCUGCACUGCAGAAAUGGAGGGAAGUGUGUGGAACAGUACAAUGGAUACUCCUGUGACUGCUCCCUCACUGCGUAUGAUGGACCCUUCUGCACCGAUGAUGUUGGCGGCUACUUUGAGACAGGAACCCUGGUGCGUUAUGACUUUCUGUCAGAGGUGGGAUCUUUCGCGCCGCAGGAGGUGAAAAGCAUGUCGGGUGUCGGUGGUCCUAGUGAGGCCAACCUGACCCAGGAGGAGCUGGUUUUUAGCUUCAGCACCUCUAGCGCUCCUAGCAUCCUGGUCUACAUCAGCUCCAGAACUCAGGACUACCUAGCUGUGGUGCUCAGACACAACGGCACUCUCCAGAUUCGCUACAGUCUCGGGGGUCUAACGGAACCUUACACCAUAGAUGUUGACCAUCGUAACAUGGCCAACGGACAGCCUCACUCUGUCAACAUAACAAGGAACUUAAGGGAGAUACGACUACAGCUGGACCACUACCCAGUUGCCACAUACACCCUACCUGAGGCCUCUGACACCCAGUUCAACUUGGUCAAAAGUAUCUUUCUUGGAAAGGUCUUUGAAACGGGACAGAUUGACCCCAUCCUAAUCGAGCGCUACAACACGCCAGGCUUUGUAGGCUGUCUGUCAAGGGUUCAGUGGAACAGCGUGGCGCCGUUGAAAGCUGCACUGCGCUCAGGUCUGGCAGCACCCGUCAGCACCCAUGGGAUUCUGGUCCCAUCCAACUGUGGAGCCUCACCCCUGACCAUCUCCCCCAUGGCCUCAGCUAGUGACCCCUGGCACAUAGAAGCAGCUGGAGCUGUUUUCCCCUUUAAUGAGGACAUGGCCAAUGGCGAUGGAGUGGAUCGAAACUCUGCAAUAAUUGGAGGCAUCAUCUCCAUGGUGAUCUUCACUGUCCUCUGCAUCAUGGUGUUUGUGAUCCGUCAUAUGUUCCGUCAUAAAGGCUCCUACCACACCAAUGAGGCCAAGGGAGCGGAGUCAGCAGACUGUGCCGACGCAGCAAUCAUCGUCAACGACCCAGCCUUCACCGAAACCAUCGACGAGAGCAAGAAGGAGUGGUUCAUCUGAACCCCUCUGCACAGCACAGCACGGACACAUGACGUUAGGAUGUAUGUAGUUUUCUAAGCAUAGGGAGUAGUAGUGAGGUCACCACCUGUGGAACCUCGAAGAUGUGCCGAGUGGUUUAUUUAAAAACUUUAUGGACAAUGGACACCAUGGCAUUACAGCGUGGGUAUUAAAGCACAGGGCACAGUGUUGCCUGGCAGAGCCCGUGUGAAGAUGUGGAGCGGUUUAUUUUAACUUUAUUUAAAAUGGACAGUGUGACAGGAUGACAGCCUUCAGAUGGUGUAGAGGAUGGUGCCAUGAAGUUGCAGGCCUUGGAUGAGUGAGUGUGUUCGUUAGCUUUUAUUUUAAUAUUUAUUUAUUUAUAUAAUUUUUAAUUUGAUUUCAGUCUAUGUAUGUAUUUAUGUAUUCAUAUUUAAGUCAUAUAUUUUUUCAUAAAAGUUCUAACUUUGUUUACAUUUAUUUAUUUUUAUAGAUUCAUAUCUUUAUGCCUUCGUGCAAUGUGCUGGUAUUUCAGACAAUUAGGGUAUUAAUGAUAAUGAUCAUUAGUCCCAAUAAUUCUCUACAUCUGUAGCAAUGCUCAUAAAGUCCAUUUUUUUCAGUAUUGAAUAUCAUGUUUUAUCAUUUGCCUUAUUUGAAUUCAUUUCAGUUCAAUUUAAUUUUAGCCUUAAGACUGAAAACUUUGGUGUGUGUGUGUGUGUGUGUGUGUGUGUGUGAGCGUGAGUGAGUGAGUGUGCAUGCGCGCUGGCUUGCUUGUCUGUAAAGGAGAUGUAGCCAUGACUUUGUCCACAUCAUUUGGACUAUGAACAGAAAGGAAACGUCACACUUCUAUUUAUUUUUGCAUCUACAUCACUGACAAGUGUCUCUUAAUGACUUUGAGCAUUGAUUGUUGAAAUUCUUAAUGAUUGCAUUAUUUUUAUUUGACUGUUUCUGCUGCCAGAUGAGUUCAGGGGUGAGUUCAGUUUUUGAAGAAUGAACUGAGUCCUGUCAGUCCACAAGAACUUGAUGCACUGGUUUGUUUGUGUUUUUCAGAUUUGUGAGGCAGAGGUUGUCUUAUGUUAGCAAUGCUGGUACAUAAUGCAAAAAGAAAAAAAAAAACACUUGUCAAAAAGUGAUACCACAUUCCA